CCCACUAGGUCUUAUCCAGCUCCCACAGUCCCACGCCCACGCAUCACGUGAGCAAGUUUCUUCCCCGUACCAGCCGUACCUUCGAGGCCGCUACGCCAAUCAGAAAUCAAAGCCAAAGGUGGCGACGAUGAAUCGAGUGCGGCUCCUCGGUUUCUCGCUAAAGUCGGUUGGUUUCCCUCAAUACCCUCUCCGGUAUUUCCAAGAACCCUCUAUCACAAAGAAGAAAAAGGCUCUAAUUCCUUUCCUUCGUUCCCUUGGCAAGCGUCCCUCCGAGCCCAUUCCUAGGUCAUGGACCGGAGACCUGCUUAUGGAGAGGAGACCUCACUCACCAGAGCCCCACCUUCUUCUCCUCCUACCCUUGCACCCACUACAUUACCUCCAGAGCCAUCUUCUUUACCAUCUUCCAGACUUACCCAGUCUACCACUCAGCCCUCUCCACCUGCACUAAGUGAGGAUCAGCUACAAAGGAUUGCAUCAUCCAUAGUUGAUGAGAUAGCCUCCCAAGGCAAGUUCAGUGGAGCAUCUUCUACAAAGAUCCCACCUUCCAAUGCAGCUCUCACUCAAAUGGUAGCUGACAUGAGAGCAGAGCUGGUCAGUCUUCGGUGUCUUCUUCAAGGACAGUAUAGAAGAUUUGUGAACAUCGAAGAGGACACAAGAAAGCUGCAAGAGUCUAUAAGAAGGGAUCUGGAGAAGCUAAAUGAGAAUGCAAAAGGACUGGCAAACAAGCUACUUGAAGGACUUCACAAAAACAGUCAAAGUAUAAAUCAAUUGAGCAAGUCCUAUCAAGAGUCCUCCUCUGAAAUCCUUCAGAAUCUUGGUGACAUCUGUGAUGCAGUUCGGGUGCUCCUGGAGAGUCAGUCGGGAUCCUCCUCAUCAAGAUUCACUGCUCCUUGAUCUUGUUUAAAAUCUUAUGUAUGGAUCUCUAAGACUUUCACUGAUAUUGUACUCACUUUUUGUAGUCACUUCUAUACUCACUUUUGUACUCACUCUUACAUCACAAAUGUAAUCAACUUUUUGAUGAAAUGAAAUGAUAGCAUUUCUCUUUUCCUGACAA